UGGAUGGCUGGAUGAAGUGGAAGGAAUUUCAGCCGUUACCUAAAUUGGUUCUGGCAAAUGCACAGCACAUGUACCGCCAGCUGCCCCAGCCCCAUUUUGUUUCCACGGCAGACAUCACUAAUCGAUUGCGCCAUUUCAUCGAGCUGCCUCAUUCCAGGCAGUACUUCCCAAUAAUUUGAGCAGCAAGUGAGAUGAGCCCCAUGAGCUAAUGCAGCCCGGGGUCCAGUCUCCUGUUAGCUGAAGAGGACAUCUGGGCCCAGAGCGGCCGCCAAGGCUGCCCGAGGACUCACAGCGAGCCCCGGGCAGGGCUGGACUCCAGGCUGGGCUCUUCCUGGUGAAAUGCGAGACUUCUCCAGCAAGGAGGGGGCAGGACGGGAAGCAGGGACAUGGAGCUGGGCUCGAGGCUGGGGUGGCAUGCCAUCUGGGGUGCUCCCUGGGCACCGGCGGGGGUGGGAACACUGAUGCCUGGGGUCUUCCUACAGGUGCCCAGAUGCCGCUGGGACGGCCUGCCCGCCCACGUUGGCUCCCUGGCCCAGCGGGCGUACUGGGCGCUACUGAACGAGCGGAAGGACCAGAGCAUCGUGGCCCUGGGCCGGAGCGGCGCCGGGAAGACCACCUGCUGCGAGCAGGUCCUGGAGCACCUGGUGGGGAUGGCAGGCAGUGUGGAUGGCACGGUCUCAGUGGAGAAGAUUCGAGCUGUCUUCACCGUCCUCCGGGCCUUUGGCUCCGUGUCCACCAGCCACAGCCACAGUGCCACCCGCUUCACCAUGCUGAUGUCGCUGGACUUCAAUGCCACAGGCCGGGUCACGGCCGCUCAGCUGCAGACGAUGCUUCUGGAGAAGAGCCGUGUGGCACGGCAGCCGGAGGGCGAAGGCAAUUUCGAAGUUUUCUCCCAGAUGUUGGCAGGACUGGACUUGGAUCUCAGGACGGACCUGUACCUGCACCAGAUGGCAGACAGCAGCUCCUUCGGCAUGGGCACUUGGCCCAAGCCUGAAGACAAGCAGAAGGCAGCGGCUGCCUUUGCCCAGCUCCAGGGCGCCAUGGGGACGCUGGGCAUCUCGGAGAGCGAGCAGCGAGCCGUUUGGCGGGUGUUGGCGGCCAUCUACCACCUGGGCGCCGCGGGGGCCUGCAAAGUAGCCUCUUUGCAGCUGCCUUCACUUCUCCUUAUGUCUAUCCUCAGUGUGACCACCGGGCUCCUUUCUAAAACAUACACCUAGUGCCACUCCCCUGCUUAGAAUCUUCCCGGGGCUCUCCCUUGCCUGCUAAAUAAUUUCUUGGCUUGGCAUUCAAGGCUCCUCACCUCCCUAACCAGCCUCUUCUGCCCUCUCUUCUGGCACAGUAAAAGGUCCUGAGGGGACAGCAGGGAUCAGGAGUAAUGUGGUUCCUGCCUUGAUGGGGCUUAUGGGGCCUUGUAUUGUGAUUGAGUCCUUGUCUAGCUCUUUCCAGGAGGGAGUGGCUUCCUUUGGGCCCAGAACAUAGAGUUCUGGAGUUGGAACUCACUUGUCGAAUGAACAUGUGUGAAUUGAGGUCUGUCCUCUGGAAUGAUGUAUUGACUCUGCCCAUUCCCCUGUGGAGCAGCAGACGCUUCUGGAAUAUGCUGGCACAUCAUUCCUGCCAUUCCCACAGUCGUGGGCCGUGUGGCCCAUUGUUUUGAGUCUCAUCCGUUCCAGCCACAUGCAUUGGCCGCUGAUUUGAUUUCGGAAAUUUCUAGAAGUUUUGCUGAGUCGGACGUGAGUAAAAUAGGUGUUCCACAGUUGGUACCAGCCAAGGACAGACAUGCCUGACUACACAAAUGUGCAAAAAACAGGUGCCACUUGCUUUUCUGAAACUCAGCCACGGGUCCUGCUCAGACCCUUGGGUGUCGGGAUGUCACCACUGUUUUGUUCACGGGAUGUAACAUCUCUCGCUCAGCUUCCUGGUCACUGGGACCACCAGGGUCAUGAACACCAGGGUGUGAGAACGCGGUCCUCUCACCAGCCUGGGGGGCGUUUCUCUUCCUGCAAAACUCUAGUCGCCAGUUAGAAACCCCCAGCUCUGCGUCUGGCUUCGUCUACACCAGGAGUCAGCAAAUUGGGGCUUGUGGGCCCCAUCCAGCCUGCUGCCUGCUUUUGUGCAGCCCGCAAACUAAGAAUAGUUUUUCCAUUUCAACUAGAUGAAAAUAUGCAUAUAUAUGAAUAAUAUUUUGGGACUUAUGAAAAUUAUCUGGCGUUCAAAUUAUAGUGUCCAUAAUUCAAGUUUGCUUGGAACACAGCCACGCUCGUUCAUUUACGCGUCUACGGCUGCGUUCCUGCUACAACGGCAGAGAGGAGUAGCUGAGACACGGAUUGUACAGCCUGCCAAGAUGAAAAUAAUUACGAUAUGGCUCCUCACAGAGAAAGUUGGCCGACCCUAUUCCACACCAUCCCCCUGGAAGGUCUCAGCCCUCGGGGGUCCCUGUGCCUCUGAAUUAACUGUUCGGUUGUGAUCUGAAGAAAUUUCUCCAUCCUCCUCGGCUCCAGCCAAACUAGAGAGAGGAUGUCAGGAAUCUGGCCCUGCCCCCAACUUGCUGUGUGACCUUGAGCAAGUCACCUGUCUCUCUGGUCUCAGUUUUCUCGGAUGCGAAAUUCUGGAAUUGGGCCAGAUUAGAGGUUCUUAAUCUGGGGUCCGUGUACCCGGCCACCCAUCCAAGUGUGGGUUUCAGGGCUUUGUUAGUUUCCUAAGGCUGUUAUAACGAAGGACCACAAACUGGGGGCUUAAACAACAGGAAUCUGUUUUCUGACAGCUCUGGAGGCUGGAAGCCAGGAUCAAGGUGUCGCAGGGUGGGUUUCUCCUGAGGCCUCUCUCCUCGGCUUGCAGACGGCCACCUUCCUGCUGUGUCUUCCCAUGAUCACCCUCCAUUUGUGUGUCGUCUGGCCUGAUUUCCUCUUCUUAUAAGAACACCAGUUACACGGGAUUGGGGUCCACGCAUAUGACCUCAUUUCACCUUAAUUACCCCUUUAAAGGCUCAGUCAACAAAUACAGUCACCGUGUGAGGGACCCGGGGCCGGUACUUCAAUGUAGGAGUUUGGGGUGGGGCAUAAUUCAGCCGUAACACACCCCAGUCCCUGAGAUGAGCCGGCACUGACUUUGUGCCCAGACCUGGCUGAGGGAGGGAUCGGAGAGGCUGUGAAGACGGAGUCCUUUCUUGUGAGUUUGCCAUUUUAUUUGGAGAGAGGAAACUUCUGAACUUGACUCCGUCAGCCGAUUUUGUAAACGGGCCGAGUUUGGGGUGCGAUCGCUCGGUGCGGGCCGGGAAAGCUGUGGAGGUUCAGAGUCGGGGUGUGGACGCCUUCCAACUGGGGGUGUGAGGAAGGAAGCAAACCCAUUUUACAGAAUGGGAAACUGAGUCUCAGGAGGUCUAGGUGCAUUAAGCCAGGGUUCAAACCCAAACUUCUCUGGGCUUCCGUGGCCUCCUCUUUCAAUGCACUGAGGAUGGGGUUGAUGGGAGGAAAAACGGGAUCAAGAAAACGCAGCUGAAUUAGGCUGGGUUUCCCCGAAGACAAAGAUUUGGGUGCAUUUAGAUUAUUUGCACCCAAAGGGACCCCAGGAGGCGCUGGUGGGGAAGUGAGGCAGGGAGGGGAGGGAGGUGACAGGAUAUGUUGAUGAGCGGGUUACCUCUGGGUGUUUGGGGCUCAGUCCCCCUGCAGACCUCAGGGAGCCUGAGGGACAUGCCUCCUGGUUGAGUUACCCAGGAGGAGAGGAAGCCGGGGUGUUUAUACACCGCCUCCUGCUUCCCCCUGCUUGACGGGGGCUCCUGGGUGGAGGGCGUUACCUCCUGCACCCUGAGCCUGCCCCGUGCGUGGGCUAAGCACGCUCCUGCAACCAGAGAAAGCAGAGAGGAACAGACAGGUACCCACAGUGACAGGCCAGGGACACGUAUGGGGUGGCACGUGUCAGGUGGCCAGGGCGACGCAGGGUGGACGGGUCACCAAGAGCAUCUAGCUCAAGGCGGUCCUCCUGGAGGAGGUGGCUCCAUGACGGUGGUGUUGAGCCCGGAAGAAGGGACUCUCCCAAGGAGACACAGCCACUUGCCUCUCUGUCACACUCCACUCAGACAGGUUGCUCCCUCCUGGGGAUCUGCAAAGCCUAGGGAGAGAGGAGCCUUGCAGAUGGCUGCGGGCUGCCUUCUGAUUUCCAUGGUCACAAGUGAACCCUCGCUGCCUUUGAUAUGACAAGACAGAGGCCAGCGAAGCCCCCUGGCCUAUUGACCUGUCCCCAGAGCAGUGUGCUUCCCGCCCCGCGUUCCUCCUCGUGGGGCACGUGGGGCGCCCCCUCUGAUGUGGGCUCAGGAACCUGACCCGUACCUGUGGCCGCCUGUGAUGCUAAAAGAGAAAGUCACAUUUAUAAAUAUUUUAUUAAUACAUGAUUAUGGCAAUAAUUUCUCCCAGCCUCCCCCACCCCACCUUAUAAAUUAUUUUAAGAGGAGCCACUGUCAGUCUGCCUGGGAGGCCUGCCCAAUGAUUUACUAACUGUAUAUAGUGGUUCGGAAGAUUUCAUAAUAGGCAGCUCUAAAAUCAGCGGUUAAGAAUUUCAGAGUCGUAUAUAAAUGUCUUUGCUUUGUGUCAUAACAGAUCAUUUUGAAAUAUAUUAAGAAUCAUUUCCAUUAAUCAGCUUUUUUUUUUUUCAUUAAAAUA